AUCCGCCAAUAAAGAAAAAAAAAAGAAGAAGUUGAACGCCCCACGUUAGAGCCUUUCACUUCACAUUUGCAGAGCAGGCAGGCAGCUGGUCCCUUCCAUCUGAGAAAAUGAACGGGUUAAACGACGAUCCAAUGGCACCACAGACCUUCCUUUACGGGUGUGUUCUGGAAGCCGGCAAGGAGGUGGUCUUUAAUCCUGAUGACGAUGAAUUGGAGCAUCAACUAGAUCUGAGGAUGGCAUGUGUGGACCCCAGCACAAAAGAUGAACUUCACAUGGUGGAAGUUGAAGGACAGGAUGCAGAGGGUCAGAAAGUCAAGGCAGCACUAGUUUCACUCAAGCCAUCUACCCUGCCAAGUGUCUGCCUUGGUGGGUUCACAAUUACACCCCCAACUGUAUUUCGUCUGAAGACGGGUUCAGGUCCGGUUCACAUUAGUGGACAACACCUCGUCAUGAUGGAGGCUGGCCAGUCUUUUGAUGACGACGAAGAUGAUGAGGAGGAGGAGGAGGAGGAAGAAGACAUUAAAGCAACAAAGAAAAGACCCGCCUCAUCCCCUGCUGCCAAGUCUCAGAAAAAAAUGAAAAUGGACGUGGAGGACGAAGAGGAUGAUGAGGAUGACGAUGACGAGGAAGAUGAUGAGGAAGAAGAGAGUGAAGGCGAAGAAUCACCCAUUAAGGCUAAACAAACCCUGCCCAAAGCAACCCCAGCCAAACAAAAAGGCCCGGCUCAGAAUGGCAAGAACUCUGCACCAAGCACACCUGCCUCAAAGCCGACCCCCAAAGGGAAAGGGAAAGGUGAGAAGACUCCUAAGACACCAGCAACACCCAAAGUGAAUUUAACCCUUCCUGAGAUUAAAGCCAAGAUGAUGGAGUCAGUGAAGAAGGGUAUCACAUUACCUAAAGCCCAGCCCAAGUUUGAGAACUUUGUGAAGCAUGGUCACAACGUUUCUGACCCCAAGGUCAUUGCAGAGCUGUGGAAGUGGCGACAGUCACUGAAGGACGAAAAGUAGCUGACUGUAGUUUUAACAAUUUUAUGUCUCCAUCAUCCCCAUACUCUCUCUCAUACUCUCAAAGUCUUUGUCUCAGUUUUCCAUAAAAUCGUUCUGCCUUUCUGAAUGUAGAGACUGAAUAUGAUGACGGUGAGCUGCUGGUGCGUUUGUAUCACCCUCCCCUUUAGACAAAUAAACUAGUUUGUUAAAUAAACUGAAGCCUAUUCAAAGAUUUUUGUAAAUGAAAGUUGAACUGAAAAGCCUUGUGUCGUUUUGUUUCUGCUUAUAUCUGUAGUUAAGAUCUCAUUUAGAAUCUGUGGAAAGCAAAUCACCUCAUACUGAAUUCAUGCCUUGUAAACUACAGUGUUGAAAAGUUCAUAAAACCCACAGUCACAUACCUGAAACAAUUUGCACACAGCUUGGGUUAUUGUCUGAAUGUUGACUAUCAUCUAAUAUCCACCAUAAUGACAAACUUGUUUAAAAAUCAUCCCAUGUUUAACCGUCCAAUAAACCUUUUUUUUAAGCAACAAGUUGAAUCAAAUAAAGCAUCUGUUGCGUCUCAAUUCUGUAAAAGAUCCGGCUUGCUUGGUGGUGUUAAAAUUGACGGCCCAUAGGCCAAAGGUUGUGUACCUUGAGAAAUAUUUAAUGUCUUAGGGAGUCUGCACAUAAUGUAUCUUUCUAAGUGAUCACAUGUUUGUUCAUGAUUCAAAGGUCCAAAUUCAAUGCUCAUUUGACUGUGAAAUGAAAGUGUAGGAGGCCUGGUAAAUGACACCAUUCCAUGCUGUCAACCGUUGAUAUUUUAAGGCUUUUUAUCCUUUGCUGUGGGUUUGAAUUAUUGUCUCCAAAUUGAUUAUAACCAUAAGGUGUGGCUCUAUUUUUCAGUGUUCUUUUUGUGAGUAAGAAAUGUGCCCAGGUUUCUGGAUUUUUGCAGUGUUUCCUUUUUUAUUUGAAACAACUUGCUAUUAAAAUAAACAAAAAAAUGUCUUUUCA